GAAGUUGUAGUGCCAAUGUUUCAUAUCGAUUGCACAACCAUACGUGAUUUCCUCUACAAGAAAGCUACUGCUAUAGCGAACAAAAUCAGCUGUCAAAUUCUUGAAACCACAAUUGCCAAAAACACCGUUCUUUGUCAGAAGUAUAAUGACAUCGAUCAACGGCUUGGGAUUGACAUUCCGAAUCCAGAGGAGCUUGAUGGCAUCAGAAAGUACGUUAUUUCAAGUAAAAAAGAGGUCAUACAACUGGAAGAAGAAGUUGCCAAGUCCGCUCAGGUUUGGGCAAUGUUCGACCGGAAACAAUUCACAGUUUCCGAAGAAAACAUGGACCACUUUUGGACAACACAGGCUUGGCCUCAGAGAAUCGGGCUUGCGAUUGAGGACUGCGAUGGCAAAAUAACACAGUCGAAGAUGAAAUUCACCGCGCAACUAGCAAUGGAUCAGCUGAAACUGAAGGCGGAUCUUAAGAAACUGGGAGAGGAAGUGCAGGGGUUUACGAAGUACGGCGAUAUCGAUUCGUUUGAGGAACGGAUACUUGUCGUUCAAGAGAUUGAGGACAAGAUUAAAAAGUACGGAGAACUUUCUGAGCUGUACAACAGUCGGGAACAGGUCUUCGGCCUAACGGUUACCGAAUACCCGCAAAUCGAGCAGCUGGAAAAGCAAUUUGAAAUGUGCGGCGUUGUCUGGCAUACUGCCGCGGACUUCCUUCGAGUUUUGCCACAGUGGAUGGAUGGUCCAUUUGGUUCUAUCAACUCCGAAGAGAUGCAGCAAAAUGUCGAUAAGUGGUUCCGUGCUUGCGCGAAAAGCGUGAAGCAAGUCACAGGGGAUGUGAAAAUCGUUGCAGAGCAGUUGAAGAAAAAGAUUGAAAGCUUUAUGGUGAACAUUCCCAUGGUCACUGCCCUUCGAAAUCCUGGCAUGCGAGAUCGUCAUUGGAAAAAGCUAAGCGACCAACUCGGAUUUGAAGUAAAGCCCGGGCCAACUUUCACGGUAUCUGUCGCAUUGGAAUUGGGACUUCCGAAGUACAUGGCAGUGAUAGAGGAUAUAAGUGAGUUCGCAAGCAAGGAGUACUCGGUUGAAGUUACCAUCGACAAAAUGCAAAAUGAUUGGGUUGGAAUGAAGUUUGAUUACGUUAUGUGGCAUAACACGGGCACCUGCAUUUUGCGUGGACUGGACGAUCUUCAAAUGCAACUGGAAGAUCAUAUUGCGAAAACGCAAUCCAUGCAGGCGUCCCCGUAUGUAGGCCCGUUCGAAGAUCGUGUCAAACUUUGGCUGGCCAAACUCAACCUGGUGCAAGAGACGCUAGAUGAGUGGCUGGCUUGCCAGCAGCAGUGGCUCUAUCUCGAGCCAAUCUUCACGUCGGAGGACAUCAUGCAGCAAAUGCCCGUUGAGGGACGAAGAUUUAAGGCUACCGAUGCGUCUUGGAGGAGAAUUAUGGACAAGCUGAUGAAAAAUCCAGAGGCUUUGGUUGUUGGAACGGACGAGGAAAUCUUGAAGGGCCUCAAGGAGGGUAACAAGCAGCUGGACAUGGUUCAGAAAGGUCUGAAUGAGUAUUUGGAAACGAAACGGUUAGCCUUCCCCAGGUUCUACUUCCUAUCAAAUGAUGAGCUCUUGGAGAUAUUGGCCGAGACAAAAGACCCUUUAAGAGUCCAACCUUUCUGUCGCAAAAUUUUUGAAGGCAUAAGUCGUUUGGAGUUUCAAAAGAACCUUGAAAUUACGGCGAUGAUCAGUGAAGAGGGAGAGAAGGUCGGCUUUGUUACCAAAUUUAAUCCGAAAGAUGCUGCUGGUGCGGUGGAAAAAUGGUUGACACAGGUGGAAAUGGCGAUGAGAGAGAGUUUACAAGAUGUCACAAGAAGAUCAUAUGAGGCAUAUCCCGUGUCAGACAGAUUAAAUUGGGUUCUUGUGUGGCCUGGACAGGUCGUUUUGUGCAUUUCAUCCCUCUAUUGGACGUCUGAAGUUGCAGAAAGCAUUAGGAAAGGAACACUCCAAACUUAUGAGCAGAAGUGCACUCAACAACUCGAAGCUAUUGUCAAUAAGGUUCGUGGUAAGCUAACCAGCUUAGAAAGGAAAACGAUCGGAGCUCUUAUUGUCAUUGAUGUCCACGCUCGGGAUGUGGUUAAAAAUCUUGCUGACGCCAACCUUUCCGAGGAAACUGAUUUUGAGUGGACAAGUCAACUGAGGUACACGUACGAAGAUGGUCUGGUCAUUGUCCGUAUGAUUAAUGCCUCGCUACCUUAUGCGUAUGAAUAUCUAGGAAACAGCAGUCGCUUGGUUAUAACCCCGCUAACUGAUCGGUGUUAUCGAACACUUAUGGGAGCCUUGCAUUUGAAUCUGGGAGGUGCUCCUGAGGGACCGGCAGGUACUGGCAAGACGGAAACUACCAAGGAUUUGGCAAAAGCCAUUGCAAUGCAAUGCGUUGUGUUCAACUGCUCAGAUGGUCUUGAUUACUUAGCCAUGGGAAAGUUUUUUAAGGGUUUAGCUAGCUCCGGUGCUUGGGCUUGCUUUGAUGAGUUCAAUCGAAUUGACCUGGAGGUGCUCAGCGUGAUAGCUCAACAGAUUAUGACAAUUCAAAGAGCAAAAGCAGCCGGUCUAAAGCAGUUUGAAUUUGAAGGUGUGAAGCUUACGCUGAAAACAACAUGCGCUGUGUUUAUCACCAUGAAUCCGGGUUACGCUGGGCGUUCUGAGCUCCCUGACAAUUUAAAAGCACUUUUUCGAACUGUGGCUAUGAUGGUUCCCGAUUAUGCGUUGAUCUCGGAGAUAACACUGUACUCCUUUGGAUAUCUACAAGCUCGUGAGCUUGCUAGAAAGCUAGUUGCUACAUAUCGGCUAUGUAGUGAACAGCUCUCUAGCCAAAAUCACUACGAUUAUGGUAUGAGAGCCGUCAUUUCCGUGUUAAGGGCCGCAGGAAAUGUGAAACAGAAGUUUCCUGAUGAGAACGAAGGGGUCUUGAUGCUGAAAUCAUUAAAAGAUGUGAACUUGCCAAAGUUUCUUGCGCAUGAUAUUCCUCUAUUUGAAGGUAUUCUCAUGGAUUUGUUUCCUGGAGUCGUUCUUCCAUCUCCAGACUACAAGUUGAUGGAGAUUGCUCUUCAUAAUGCGUGUAAGAAGCGCAAUCUUCAGCCGACCCCUGUUUUCUUUGAAAAGAUUUUUCAACUGUAUGAGAUGAUUCUUGUGAGGCAUGGGCUCAUGAUUGUCGGAUACUCCUAUGGCGCCAAAACCGAGUGCUAUCGAGUGCUUGCUGCAGCUCUUACCGAACUUUGCAAUGGCGGCAUCAUGGAGAACGUGACCAAGUGCUACUGCCUCAAUCCAAAAUCUAUAUACAUUGGUCAGCUUUAUGGACAAUUUGAUCCCGUAUCUCACGAGUGGACCGAUGGCAUUCUCGCAAAGAACUUUCGCAAUGCUGCAGUUGAUACGACACCAGAUCGCAAGUGGAUUCUGUUUGAUGGUCCAGUUGACGCGGUCUGGAUUGAAAACAUGAACACGGUUCUCGACGACAAUAAGAAACUGUGCCUUAUGAGCGGCGAGAUCAUUCAAAUGACGAACUCUAUGAACCUUAUUUUCGAAGUGCAAGACCUUGCAGUCGCAUCUCCGGCAACGGUUAGUCGCUGUGGAAUGGUGUAUACUGAACCAAGCCAGAUCGGAUGGGUGCCUCUGAAAGUAUCAUGGGUGAAGAAAAUGACCGAUAACUUUCCCGGCAUCGUGGAGGGGAUAAAGAUCGUCGAAGCCAUGCUGGAUUGGCUGGUGGAGCCGUGCCUGCAGUUUGUCAAGAAGCACUGCAAAGAAAUAGUUGCGGCAUCUCCAAUCAACCUUGCAGCGAGCCUGAUGAACAUGUACGAAAGCUUCCUCGACGAGUUCAAGCAGGUGCCAAACGCUCCAAGAGCAUCGACAAUUGCGGUUCAUAUUCUUCCACUGCCUCGCGGCGACGACAUGGUCAACUGGUUGCAGUGCCUCUUCAUAACAAGUCUUAUUUGGACAGUCGGUGCAACUGUUGACGUUGAAGGACGGGCGAAAUUCGACGUGUUCUUUCGGAAGCUCCUUGCGAAAGAAGACGACCUUGGCUAUCAGCUCGCUGCAGGGCUGGAGAUUAUGAAACCGUCCUUUGCAGUCGCGUUGCCUCUUCCGGUUACUGGCCCGUGCUACAACUUUGUAUUCUGGAAGAUCGAAAACUGCUGGAAACAGUGGAUGGACAUCAUUGACACAAGAGCACCAUCUGUGGACGCGGAGUUUAACGACAUCAUUGUUCAAACAAUUGACACUGGGAGAUAUUCGUAUCUGCUGCAAGUCCUUGUCACUCAUCAGAAGCAUGUUCUUAUUUCGGGUCCUACAGGAACAGGUAAGACCGUAUACAUCAAGAACGAGCUUACUGCCGGACUUGAUAAAGCGGUUUAUCGGAAUAUCAUGAUGACUUUCUCCGCGCAAACAAAUGCAAACCAGACUCAGGAUAUCAUAGAUGGAAAACUGGACAAAAGGAGGAGAGGUAUUUACGGGCCCCCCUAUGGAACGAGAUGCGUCAUUUUUGUUGAUGAUCUAAAUAUGCCUGCGCUCGAAGUUUAUGGUGCUCAGCCACCUAUUGAAAUAUUACGGCAAUGGAUGGAUCAUGGUGGAUGGUAUGAUAGAGCGGAGCUUACAUUCCGCCAGCUGAUUGACAUUCAGUUUGUGUCAGCCAUGGGUCCGCCUGGAGGUGGUCGUAAUCCUGUUACGCCUAGAUAUCUCAGGCAUUAUGUUGUUCUUACUAUCCUUGACUUCGACGAUGCUACAUUAGCAACGGUCUUUAACACAAUCAUGGCAUGGUGGGCAAGGAAGUCACGGUUAUCGACUGAUAUAAGCGGCAUUUUAAACCUUCUUGUUCUUGCAACGAUCGACAUUUAUCGAUCUAUCCAAAAGGAGCUACUGCCUACGCCACCCAAGUCUCACUAUACAUAUAAUAUGCGAGAUCUGUGCAAGGUUUUCCAGGGGAUUUCAAUGAUAGGAGUUGCUCUGGAAGAGAAAAAGAAUCUCGUUCGCCUUUGGGUUCAUGAAUGCCUGCGGGUAUUCUAUGACAGGCUUAUCUGUGACGAGGACCGCGAUUGGUUUGUCAAGUAUGUGCAAAACAGGAUUGAGUCUCGUUUGCAGCUUAAAUGUGACUACGUUUUUGGCAACUAUGAUUAUGCCAAUUCCAUCCGAAACGUAAUGUUUGGCGAUGUUAUAGAUACGACUAACUUUCCAAAGAGGUAUGAAGAAAUAUAUGAUGCGAAAAAGCUGCUCACGUUUAUGGAGGAGCAACUCGCUGAGUUCAACUCUCAAACGAGAAAUCCUCUCGUCUUGGUUCUUUUUGCGUAUGCUGCACAGCACGUUUUGCGUAUCAGUCGAAUUCUUCGACAACCUUAUGGAAAUGCUUUGCUAGUAGGAGUGGGAGGAGUAGGCCGCCAAUCUCUCACCAAACUGGCCACUUCCAUGGCGAGUUAUAUGCUGUUCCAGAUACAAAUUAGCAAGCUUUAUGGUUUUAUGGAAUGGAGAGAAGACCUGAAGGUGGUUUUGAAGAAGUCUGGAGGUGAUAACAAUGCCACUGUUUUCGUCUUCAGUGAUACUCAACUCAAAGAAGAAAGGUUUCUCGAAGAUAUAAACAAUAUUUUGAACACUGGAGAGGUGCCAAAUCUUUACCCGAAAGAUGAGAUUUUGCCUAUCUUGGAUUCCGUGAGGGUCCGUGCUAAAAAGGCAGGAGUAGAAGGCACACAGUCGGAACUUUACAUGUUUUUUGUGGAGCAAUGCAAGAGAAAUCUGCACAUGGUUAUUUGCAUGAGUCCAUUUGGUUCGUCAUUUCGAACAAGGCUCCGCAUGUUUCCAUCACUUGUCAACUGUUGUACCAUUGACUGGUUCACGGAGUGGCCUGCAGAGGCUCUUAAAUCCGUUGGCACGCGUUUCCUCUCAGUCCUGGAGUUUAAUGAGGAUUAUAUAUUACCUGGAGUCAUAGACAUGUGCAUGGCAUUUCAUCAGAAUGCUAGUGACUUAUCUGAUACCUUCUGGCAAGAGCAGCAACGACAUUUUUACGUGACGCCGACUUCAUUUCUGGAGCUCCUCAACACAUACAAGUCUCUGCUUGGGGAGAAGAGGUUGCAGAUUAACACAAUCAAAUUCAGAUACGUGAUGGGACUUGAGAAGCUGCUGGGUGCCGAAGGCCAAGUAAAUGUAAUGAAGAAGGAGCUUGAAGCUCUUCAGCCCAUCUUAAUCAAAACUGCCGAAGAAACAGAUGCACUUCUUGUCACCAUCGAUAGAGAUCGGAAGGAGGCCGAGGCAACACGUAAGAUUGUGGAGGCCGAGGAAGCCAUUGCCAAUGUCAAGGCUUCAGAGGCGAAAGCAAUCAAAGAAGAUUGUGAAUCAGAGCUUGCUGUGGCUAUGCCAAUGCUGGAAGCUGCUCUCUCUGCGUUGGAUACUCUUACAAAAGCAGAUAUUACAGAAGUCAAGGCCAUGAAAAAUCCACCGGCACCUGUGAAAAUUGUCAUGGAAGCCUGUUGUUUGAUGAAAGGGGUUAAGUCGAGGAGAAUACCUGACCCAAACAGCCCGGGAAAGAAAAUUGAGGACUAUUGGGGUCCUGCGCAGCAAAUGCUUGCGGACACAACUUUCCUUCCGUCAUUGAAGGAGUAUGAUAAAGAUAACAUCCCUCAGGCAAUAAUUGAUAAGAUACGGCCAUACUUGCAAAGAGCAGAGUUUGAUCCAGAAGUUGUGAAAAAAGCAUCUAAAGCUGCCUAUGGACUUUGUUGUUGGGUGCGAGCAAUGGAAAGCUAUGAUAGAGUGGCGAAGGUUGUGGCGCCAAAGCGGGCGAAGCUGCAAGCAGCCACUGAUGAGUUUAACGAGCUUCAAAUAGCUUUGACAGCAAAGAAGGAAAUGCUGAGGCAGGUAGAAGAGAAGCUGGGAAAGCUUCAGAAACAGCUUGACGCCAUGGAAGCUAAAAAGGCGCAGCUAGAAUCGGACGUUCAAAACUGUCAAAAGAAACUUUCACGCGCAGAAAAACUUAUAGGUGGUCUUGGAGGGGAGAAGGCAAGAUGGACCAGUGUGGCAGAGGAAAUGGGAAAACUCUAUCUGGAUUUAACUGGAGAUGUCCUCGUUGCAUCUGGAUACAUUGCUUACCUUGGAGCUGUGACGCUAGCUUAUCGGGAGAGACUACUGGAUUCCUGGGUGACAAUGUGCAAGGAGAAGAACAUCCCUUGUUCUCCGAUCUUCAAGCUGACCACAGUCCUGGGCAAUCCUGUGGCAAUCAGAGACUGGGUGAUAGAUGGUCUGCCGAACGACGGGUUUUCGAUAGAUAACGGGAUCAUUAUGGAUAAUGCCAAGCGGUGGCCGCUUUUGAUUGAUCCUCAGGGACAAGCGAAUAAAUGGAUAAAGACGAUGGAGAAGGCAAAAAAUCUUCAAGUGGUAAAGCUUGCAGAUGCGGACUUUGUACGAAAGCUGGAAAAUUGUAUCAACUUUGGGUAUCCUCUUCUCUUGGAAAAUGUUGGCGAAGAGCUUGACCCAACAUUGGAGCCAGUUCUCACCAGAGCCGUUUUUAAGAUGGGAGGUUCGCUUCAAAUUCGCAUUGGUGACAACACAAUUGAGUACAACGAAAGUUUCCGGUUUUACAUUACGACAAAACUCCGGAACCCGCACUAUAUGCCAGAGGUGUCCGUCAAGGUGACGCUGCUCAACUUCAUGAUUACUCCUGAAGGGCUUUCAGAUCAAGUUCUCGGCAUGGCUGUAAAGAACGAACGCCCAGAUCUUGAGGAAGAGAAAACACAGCUUGUGCUGCAAGGAGCAGAAAAUCAGAGGCAGCUUAAGGACAUUGAGGAUCGAAUUAUCGAGGUGCUUUCAAGCUCCGAAGGCAAUAUCCUAGAAAAUGAAACUGCUAUCAACAUUAUUUCUUCGUCCAAGGUUCUGUCCAUUGAAAUUGCGGAGAAGCAAAAGGUGGCAGAAAAAACAGAAGCAAAGAUUGAUGAAGCCCGUAAAGGAUAUGUUCCCGUUUCUGUGCAUGUGUCGUGCCUAUUUUUCACGGUCUUGAGCCUGUGUAAUAUUGAUCCUAUGUAUCAAUAUUCUCUGACUUGGUAUCUCAACCUUUUUCAGCAGGCAAUGAAAGACUCCGAGAAAUCGGACGUGCUUGACAAACGGAUAACCAUUCUCAAUGACUUCUUCACGUUUUUGCUCUACUGCAGUGUCUCAAGAAGCGUUUUUGAGAAGGAUAAACUACUUUUGUCCUUCUUAAUUUGUACCACUCUCAUGGAGAAGGAUAAGCAGCUGAACGCCGAAGAGUUCCGGUUUCUAAUUGCUGGCUCCGUAAUUAUGGAGCGAGAUCCUCCGAAGAAUCCAUCGAAAUGGUUGGCAGACAAGCUCUGGCUUGAAAUGGUUCAACUUUCCAAGUUUCCAGCGUUUGCGGGUUUUAGCAAAUUCUUUCAAGAAGAUUCAGAGAGGUGGAGACAUAUUUAUGACAGUCCUCAGCCUCACAAAGAACCACUUCCUGGAAACUGGGGUACAACCCUCAAUCCGUUCCAGAAACUACUUGUCUUGCGAGUGAUACGGCCAGACAAAAUUGUUACGGGUAUCAACACGUUUGUUCUGGAGACAAUGGGUCAGAGGUAUGUUGAACCUCCAGCAUUUGACUUGGAAGGUGCAUAUAAGGACUCGACUCCAGUUGUUCCGCUCAUUUUUGUACUGUCGCCUGGAUCGGAUCCAAUGGCAGCUUUGCUGAAGUUCGCAGAGGAGAUCAAACAGGAGGUUCAAAGUAUUUCACUUGGACAAGGCCAAGGCCCAAAAGCUUCUCAGAUGAUACAAAUGGGAAUGCAACUUGGUUUCUGGGUGGUGCUACAAAACUGUCAUUUGGCAGCUUCAUGGAUGCCACAGCUAGAGCGUAUAUCUGAAGGCAUGAGUCCGGAUACCACGAAUGCGGGAUUUCGGCUGUGGCUAACAAGCUAUCCAGCUGAACACUUCCCGGUGGCUAUCCUGCAGAGUGGUAUCAAGAUGACUAAUGAAUCUCCGAAAGGAUUGCGAGCAAACAUGCUCCAGAGUUACCAGAGCUAUCCCAUCAGCGACCCGGCCUUUUUCGAGUUCCAAGGAGAGAAAGGACCUGUGUGGAGAAAAAUGUUGUUUGGCCUGUGCUUCUUCCAUGCGUCGGUUCAGGAACGUGUCAAGUUUGGGCCGCUUGGCUGGAACAUUCCUUAUCAGUUCAGUGAUCCUGAUCUCAAGAUCAGUAUGAGACAGUUACAGGCAUUUUUGAUCGAGUUUCCGGACGUCGUUCCGUUUAAGGCACUUGUGUAUCUCACGGGUGAAUGCAACUACGGAGGUCGAGUAACAGAUGCACACGACCGGAGAACUCUCAUGUCAUUGCUGGCCGUUCUGUAUACUCCGGAGAUCCUGGAAGACGAUUAUGCUUUUUCGCCAUCCGGUAUCUAUUAUGCGCCCCCGGAUUUCGAAUACGACGAGUACAUCGAGCAUAUAAAGCAGUUCCCGUUGAUAGCAUCCCCGGAAGCUUUUGGUUUGCACGAGAAUGCGGACAUCACCAAAGAUCAGCAAGAAACUGAUCUCCUGUUGUCCUCAAUUCUCUCAACACAGAGUAGCACUUCGAGCGGUGGUGGCCAGAGCAAGGAGGAAGUUCUCCUGGAGCUGGCCAAGGACCAGGCCAGUAGGAUCCCGCAGCCUUUCGACAUAGAGCUGGCUCGCUACCGCUUCCCGGUGAGGUACGAGGAGAGCAUGAACUCUGUGCUUCACCAGGAGAUGACCCGCUACAACAACUUAACCGAGGUGAUCAGAACAAGCUUACACACGCUCCAGCGGACGCUCAAGGGCCUGGUGGCCAUGUCCUCCGACAUCGAGAAACUGGCCAACAGCAUGUACAUCGGCAAGAUCCCGGCGAUGUGGGCCGGGAAGUCGUAUCCAUCGCUCAAGCCGCUGACGAGCUACGUGGCCGACCUCCAGCAGCGCCUCAACAUGCUCCAGGUGUGGUCGGAGCGGGGUCCUCCGCCGCAGUUCUGGAUCAGCGGCUUCUUCUUCACGCACGCAUUCCUGACGGGCGUGCUCCAGAACUACGCGCGCAAGUACAAGAUCCCCAUCGACAACGUGUGCUUCGAGUUCAAGUGCCUGCCGGCGAGCCUGGAGCAGGACAAGAAGCCCGAGGACGGGUGCUACAUCUACGGCAUGUUCCUCGAGGGCGCGCGCUGGGACUUUGAGAAGAUGAUGCUGGCCGAGUCGCUGCCAAAGGUUUUGUACUCGCCGGCUCCCAAGAUCUGGCUGUCGCCGUGCGAGGUGUCCAAGAAGAAGGAGUUCCCGUGCUACCACUGCCCGCUCUACAGGACGGCCGAGAGGCGCGGGGUGCUGGCCACCACCGGGCAUUCUUCCAACUUUGUGUUUAAUGUGGAGCUCCCCACGGACAUGCCGCCGGAUCACUGGAUACGAAGAGGGGUCGCCAUGCUUCUCCAGCUCAGUGAUUAAGCUAUCUUUCUCUGUAUUUGUUUGUACAAAUG